GGUGACAGGGCCACGCCACAGUGCUCGGUGCACGCGACGGGUCAGGACGCGCCAGAGCGGUGCUGUGAGGAGCCCCCGCACAGCGCACUCCUUUGUGUCGGACCUGGAGCUUUUCUGAAGCACUAUUACUACAGGUGACCUCGAGGCCAGACCACAGGUCUUGCUGACCUGUGGCCUUGCUGAGCCUUCCUUCUUAAGGUUCUCUUGAGGGCAGACCGUGGGACUUGGUGACCCGGAGCUUUUCCGACGUGUCGCCCAUCCCUGCAGUCUCUGCCCUUGAGACCAGACCACAAUCCCUGUCGAGGAGCCUCCUGUCCUUCUGGCAGGAGCCCUCAAGACCCAAGUGCAGGACUCGCUGUCUUGCAAUCUUGCCAGGACUUGAGUCUUGCAGGUGCCUUCCAGGCACGACUGCAGGACUUGCUGACUCUGAGCUUUUCCGAGCCAUCUCUCCUGCAAGCAGCCAUAAAUCCAGUCACUGCCAUGGAGCAGCGACCCCCAAGAGUGCCCAAGUUGGCCUGGCUUGAGGAGGAGGAAGAAGAAGGCUCUGGAGCUGUCCUGGCACAGGAGUCUGAAGAGGUGCAGGAGUUCCAGGCACCACAGGAGGGAUGGGAGAGUCCUAAAGAAGAUAGGGAGCAGCGACCCCCAAGAGUGCCCAAACUGGCCUGGGUGGAGGAGGAGGAAGAGGAGGUCGAGGAAGAAGGUCCUGGAGCUGCCCCAGCACCAGAGACCGAAGAGGUGCAGCAGUUGCAGCCGCUGGAGGAGGAUGCAGCCAUGGACGGCACACAAGAGCAGGACACCGCCCGUGGCCGCUUCCGCAGAGCAGCGCAGUUUCUUUACCAAUACAUCACGAGAAUUGGCAAGGAAGACACCAGACCUAUGGACACUGAGGUCAAAGCAUCCUCAGAGGUCUUGGUAGAACAGAGCAGCGCUGCCCAGCUGGAUCUGCUUGUAGAGACGGCUCUUUUCAAUCCAGAGCAAGUGCCCGGCGUGGUGAGGUACAUCCACCAGUGGCUCAUGGCCAAUGAGGCUGCUGAGCACAGGAUGGACUGGGCCCUGAUGCAAGUGGCCGAGGCAGAGCCCGAUGAUGUGGCCAUCACUCUCCUGCGGGUGGCCCCAACGUGUGACAGAGCUGCUAUGGCCAUGUGGACGACCAUCUUGCUCUCGCCCUGGAUUUCAGAGGAAGUGACACCGCUCCUCAUCAAUGUGGUGGGGAGCUGGCCGCAGAAAAACCUGGGCACCUCUGAUGGGGACAAGACGGCUGUCUUUUCCCUGACUGCAACUCUGGUGAUGUGGAAGAUCCUCCAGGGGCCCUGUUGCCCACAGAUCCUCACAGUCUAUUUCCCCCGCCUCUUUGUGCAUCUCCUCUUCCAAACGUACUUCAGUACUUUGUAUAUGACAGAGGACGUCCAUACCUUCUGGAAGGAAUGCCAGGAGCAACACGGCCUCUCCACCAGCCCCAGCAGGUGCUCCAUGCCACUCCUCCUGUCCCUGCCACUUCCCCAGCCUCAGAGCCAGCGCUCCCAGCGUCACCUGGGCUUUGCUGUGCACACAGGUUUGCAGUGCAGACCCUGAAGGCCCUGCUCUGCAGUCUCCACUUGGAGCAUGUGGUGGUGGCAAUGGAACGCAAGCGUGGCUGGGACACGCUGCUCUGUGCUGACACCCACCACUAUGCCGUGGGUCUGCUGGCCAGGGUAAUGCGCCGUGCAUCCGUCCACUUGUGCAAAAGCAUCUUAAGCUACCUGCUUGAGGUGCUCAGCAAACCGUUGCCACACUGGGAUGUC